GUUAAUAUGUAUGGCUAUAUCUUUUAACAUUAAAAUGUCUGUAUUUUAGUUAUGCAUCAAGUCUUAUUAUCGUAAAGAAAUAAAUACAUAUGAAUUAGGUACUUAUCCUAAUAUAUUACAGUUUACGCGCUUUAAUUGAUAAAUAACUAAAAAAUUUACAAAAUUGCGGUUAUCUACGAAAACAUUAAUACUACGGCAUGGACUACGGUGUUACACCUCAUCGAAAGUUUCAGUUGAUAUACACCAGCAAUAUGAGCGAAGGACGAUUUUUAAUUUAUAGUUUAUCAGUUAUAUUCUUCUUCGGCCCGGUGGCAAAUGGAUACAACAUUUUAUUUGUGUUUCCCAUGCCAGCAAAAAGUCACUUUAUUUUAGGGACUGCCAUGGCUAAACAAUUGGUUGCGGCAGGACAUGAUAUUACCAUGGUAGCCUGUUUUGAAGAAAAAAGCCCACCAUUAGGAGGAACUUACACGAAUGUGGUUUUGGACGAUAUAUACUACUCAAACAAAGAUUUUAACUUUUUGGAUUUACAACAUGUUUCUCCAGAACUUACAAUAUAUAAUGCAUACCAAUCGGGACAUAUGCUAUCCAAAGCUAUAUUGGAAAAUGAAAAAAUUAAAAAACUGUUAGCCUCCGAUCAAAAGUUCGACGUAGUUAUUAUCGAACAAUUUUGCAACGAUGCAUUGAAAGUAUUAGGUUGGUAUUACGAUGCACCUGUGAUUGUUUUUAGUACAGUUGGUGCAAAUUACUGGGUUAACCCUUUGGUGGGCAGUCCUAGUCCAAUAUCUUACAUACCAGAGCUACAUCUUGAUUACACUGAAAAUAUGACGUUAUUACAAAGAUUUAGGAAUACGAUAGCAAUCUUAUCCCAUAUCCUAACUCAACAAAUAUCUUAUUAUCCCGCACAACAAGAAAUAUUAAGACAAAAUUUCCCUGGGAGUCCAAGUUUAGAUGAAUUAGUGACAAACGUGUCUCUUGUUUUGCUGAAUUCCCACGAGAGUUUAAACCAACCAGUACCAUUGGUACCAAAUAUGAUAAACGUUGGGGGUAUGCAUAUCAUGCCUAAUAAAGAGUUACCUAAGGAUUUGCAAGUUAUCAUGGACAAUGCCAAAGAAGGCAUUGUCUAUUUCAGUUUGGGUUCUAAUGUUGAUCCGGCUAAAAUGAAUAAAGAGCAAAUUACAGCAAUAUUUAAUGCUUUAGGAAAACUACCGUACAAGGUUCUCUUAAAAUGGUGUAAAGACGUUCCAGAAAAGGCUGACAAUAUUGUAAUAAGACAGUGGUUUCCACAACAGGAUAUAUUAGCUCAUCCAAAUGUAAAGUUAUUUAUCACUCAUGGAGGUCUACUAAGUUACUUAGAAACAAUACACUACGGUGUUCCAGUAUUAACUCUGCCCAUAUUUGGUGAUCAAAGAAUGAACGCAGCGAAAGCUAACGCAGGAGGAUAUGGAGUAUCCGUAACUUUUUCCACGAUGACCGAAGAAGCUUUAAGUAAAGCCUUGAAUGAAAUAUUAACUAAUAAAAAGUACACAGAAAAUGCCAAAAUGAGGUCAUCACUUAUGCAUGACAGAAUUUCCAGACCAAUGGACACAGCCGUCUACUGGAUAGAGUAUGUAAUACGAAAUAAAGGAGCUCCUCAUUUGAAGGUAGCUGCUGUUAACAUGCCAUUCUACAAGUAUUUUUUGUUAGAUGUUAUUGCUCUUAUAUUAUUAAGUUUUAGUAUUAUAAUUACGCUUGUAUGUAUUACCUGUAAAAAGUUUUGUUCUUCUAGGAAGAUCAAAAAUACUAAAACUGAAUAAUUUAUAUGUAAAAUUUAGUAAAAUUGAAAUAAAGACCUUUUCACUAA